GUGAAAGUGAAGACGCUGCGCACAACAGCCACAAUCCCUGCGCUGCUCGGAACAGGACUGUGCGUCAGAGGCGGAGUGACUCUCACCUCCAUCACACCCUUCUCCAACUUCCACCGCCGUCCAACAAGUCAUGUCUGAAACACAGCGAUGGGCAAGUUUGACGACAACGAGAGGAUAAUCCUCAACGUCGGCGGCACCAGGCACGAGACCUACAAGAGCACCCUGAAGACGCUGCCGGGGACACGGCUGGCGCUGCUCGCCUCCGACUCGGACAUCGACUCGGUGCUGGAUCAGCUGCAACAAGUCCCCGGCUUCAUCGAGUACAACGCGCGCACCAACGAGUACUUCUUCGACCGCCACCCGGGCGUCUUCGCCUACGUGCUCAACUACUACCGCACCGGGAAGCUCCACUGCCCGGCGGAUGUGUGCGGACCUCUGUUCGAGGAGGAGCUCUCCUUCUGGGGCAUCGAUGAGACGGACGUGGAGCCCUGCUGCUGGAUGACCUACCGGCAGCACCGGGACGCGGAGGAAGCGCUGGACGUGUUCGAGCUGAACGUGGACAACGGGGACGAGGACGACGAGAUCGGGAAGAGGCUCGGCAUCGAGGAUGUGGCCGCGGACGGUAACGUCAGCCUGUGGAGGAAGUGGCAGCCGCGGAUCUGGAAUCUAUUCGAGGAUCCCUACUCCUCCAGGGCGGCGAGGGUAAGAGCGCGCCGCCGCACGGGCGCUGGGGCGUGCGCGAGCGCACACACACACAGAUACACACAGAUACACACAAUAAAGUGUUUACAUGAAGCUCCAAAAUAUUCUCAGUGAACUCCCACAAACCUG